GCAAGGCUGUAGACCAGUCGUAUGUUUAGCGUCCCUCAAGAAUGAAAAUCGUGAAUAAGAAGUAGAUAAAUAGUUUUUACAUUUUUUUAUGCAAUCAAUAGAGAUUCGUAAUGGCCGAAUAUUUGGCAUCGAUCUUUGGCACAGAAAAGGAUAAGGUAAAUUGUUCGUUUUACUUCAAAAUCGGUGCUUGCCGACACGGAGAUAGAUGUUCACGUAUUCAUAACAAGCCAACAUUUAGUCAGACGUGUCUACUACAGAAUCUUUACGUCAAUCCACAAAAUUCUGCUAAAAGUGCGGAUGGUUCUCAUUUGGUGGCAAAUGUAUCGGACGAAGAAAUGCAAGAACAUUACGACAACUUUUUUGAAGACGUGUUCGUAGAGUGCGAGGAUAAAUAUGGAGAAAUUGAGGAAAUGAAUGUUUGCGACAAUUUAGGAGAUCAUCUGGUAGGGAAUGUUUACAUUAAAUUUCGUAGAGAAGAAGACGCAGAGAGAGCAGUUAACGAUCUAAAUAAUCGUUGGUUUGGUGGUAGACCAGUUUAUGCAGAAUUAUCUCCUGUUACCGAUUUUCGAGAAGCUUGCUGUCGUCAGUACGAAAUGGGUGAAUGCACUCGAUCUGGAUUUUGUAAUUUCAUGCAUUUGAAACCUAUUUCAAGGGAACUUCGUCGAUACUUGUACAGUCGUAAAAAAGGAGGAAAAAUUCGAUCUAGAUCUCGUUCUCGGUCUCGGGGACGCGAUCGUAAACGUAGAUCUCGAUCUCGCGACAGAAGAUCCAGAUCGAAGGAUCGUAAAAGACGAGACGAUAAAGGCAGGGAUGGGCGAUCUGGACGUUAUUAAUAAUUAUUCUUUAAUAAUUUUUACAUACAUAAUACAUCGUGCAUUUAAUUCGAAUACUUGAUCAUGACUAUCAGGUAUCUUUAUUGCAUAGUGUGCAAGUUUCAAUCGAUCCUUGCGACCAUGUAAAUUUGACCAAAUGAAAGAAAAAGAUUUAUGAAUAUAUUACAUAUUGUAGAGAAAGCAACGCGAUAAUUUAGAUUAUUGUUUUUAUAUUUUUUAUUGAAGGAUAGUAAAAAAAGGAUUUUAUAUUAAUCCCAUAUAAUAUGUAAUCAAUGGAACAUGUAGUAUAAUAUUAUGAUGACAAAUAUUAAUCUUAAGCUUUUCACGUGAACUGUAUAUUAUUAAUUGUGCAAUCUUGAUAAGGACACGCACAAGUUUGUUUAUACUUUUGUAGAAAGGAAAAGUCAUGCAAUACGAUCAAAUUCUGAUAUGAAAA